AUGGCCCAGCCAUUUACACAGCCAGAGAGCAUGAACCCAGAUAGAAAACUGAGAACUGUAGAUGUAAGUGUCAGGAGCGAAAACAUAAAAAGAGAACUCAUCAAGGAAGUGGAGGUGAUCCAAGGGGUGAUGGCAUUACUGCAGAGGACUUUAGAAAAAAUCACAGAGCAGAUACGGCUGAGCCAAUCCGCUAAGUACUCCUUGGAAAAGGACCUGAAAGACAAGUUCCAGGCUUUGAAAAUUGAUAAUCAUUGCAGCACAUUCACAAACAACACUCCCGCCAUCGGAUAUGCUUCCAAUGUUGUGACAGUCCAGAGCUCAGUCAACCCAGUUGAAUGGGAGGAUCUCAGCAACACAAACAUUGUGAAAGCAGAGAAGCAGAAAAAUAGCUCCGUAGCACUUCGAACCCUUAUUGAGAGCAUCUUGUCUGAAACAGCCAGCGAUAUGCUCAAACAGUGUGAUACUGUCAAUGUUGCAUUGGAAAAACGCGUCGCAGAGACAAAGGAUGCAAAAAAUAAGUUGGAAGUGAACUUAGCUAAGGUUAUGGAUGAGAUCACUUCACAGGAGAAGAACAUAGAAAACCUGAAGAAAGCCAUCGCCGAUAAGGAAAGUCCAAUCAAAGUGGCUCAGACCCGCCUGGAGACAAGGGGGCCAGAUUCUCAAAGAGUUACGCCGGGGUAUCAUCAGAUACGCCAACAUCAAGAUUCCAAUACACCUCUAUAUGCAAGUGAUUAUCAGUAUGGGACCCCAGGAGUUACUCCACUACUAUCACUUUGA